CAAUAAUAUUAUUAUUUUUUAAGUAAAAUAUUUGAUUACAUAAGUUAUAAGAAUGCCUGCUCCGGAUUUACUUUCGAGUCAAGGAUUACGACUAGAUGGAAGAAGGCCCGAUGAGUUGAGACGAAUAAGAUGUAAAUUGGGGGUAUUCACGCAGCCAGACGGGAGUGCUUAUUUAGAACAAGGCAAUACAAAAGUUUUAGCUGCUGUUUAUGGUCCUCAUCAGGCUGCAAAAUCAAAAAGUUCAACAGAGGGUGUAGUGGUUAAUUGCCAAUACAGUAUGGCUACUUUUUCAACAGGUGAAAGAAAAAAUCGUCCUCGUGGUGAUCGUAAGUCUCAAGAAAUGUCUAUGCACCUUAGACAAGCAUUAACUGCAGCUAUAAAGACGGAGCUGUACCCUCGGUCACAAAUUGAUGUUUACGUAGAAGUUUUACAGGCGGACGGCGGCGCGUACUGCGCAUGCGUGAACGCGGCGACGCUGGCGCUCGUGGACGCGGGCGUGCCGAUGCGUGCGUACGCGUGCGCAAGCACAGCGUCGAUGGCGUGGCGGGAGGGCGUGCCCGCGCCGCUCGUCGACGUCGGACACGUCGAGGAAGCGGCGGGGGGCGUGGUUCUCACUGUUGCCAGUUUACCUAACACUGGUAGCAUUGCAUUACUGGAUAUGUCACACAGACUACACAUGGAUUAUUUCGACAUAGUACUAAGCCGGGCAAUGCAGGGUUGCAGGGAUAUUGAGAUUGUACUUGACAAAGCAGUAAGGGAACAUUUGGCUGAAGGAUGGACAAAACAAGAUGCAGUUACAAUAUGAAAUAAAUUUAAUUUUAAACCUA